GCGUCACACGUGUAUGUUAUGGUGCUGUAGAAGUUCAGCUUACUACAUGUAGCAUUUAGCUUUUUCACUGGUGUUUGCGCUGUCAUAAAGUAUCAAGUCAUGGUUGUGAAGAAGAAAGUGCCUAAAGUGCAGGCGGUGGUCUUGGAUGAUGCCAAAUUGAAGAGGCUGACGGAUUCUCUAUGUGUUGUGGGGAAUAGUGCAACUACACAGCUUGCUCAGGUUCUUAAAGACAGUCUAUGCUCCUCUGAGCCGGUAGAGCAGAUCCAGCUCAUCUCUAAGGCAGGAUCUAUGCUGGAGGAGUUGCAAGAGGACGAGUCUCCUUCAGGUCUUUUACUGCAGGCCUGCUUGAACACACUUGCAGUCUUAUUCACCACGCUGCCAGCCAAAAAUCCACUGAAGAGAGCCGUGGCAAGUGCAAUAGCUGGCAGUCCAGACUGGUUCCAGCAGCAGGCGGUCGAGUGUCUUUCUGAGCGUCUGUCUUUCUCUCUCUGCUCCGUAAGCACAGAUGACUAUCAUCAGCUAACAGAUUCCAUUACUUCCUGUCUGGAUGGCUUCCCCAUUGGUGAGAAAUGCAUUCACCGUUUACUGACCGAAGUUCUCCAGUUUCUUCAGAAAGUUUUAAGCUAUUAUGUGGAGCAGAACAGUUGUCUAGCCGGUCGUCACGUGGCUCAAGCUCGGUUGAUGCAUUCCUGCCUGGCGGUGGUGAAGACCUCCAUGCUGGUGGUCCAGAGGUCUCAUGAGCCCGUUACUGCUGCACUUCUUUCUGCGUCAAACCAAUGCGAUCUGCAACAAGCACUCAGUGCAUUACUGAAAUGCUAUACAUCUAUAUUGACUGACGAGGAGUUUGUUCAGACAGUCCAGAGCACUGCUGGAAUGGCUCUGAUUCUACUCAUCAGAACUGUUAUGGGGAAUGGAGAUGAUGUACCCAUCACAGUUGCUGGUCUCUUGCAUGGUACUUUAGAGUCAGACAACACUGCCCCCCAGUGGUUGAAUCAGAGCUGUGCGGGGCUGUAUGAGAGCAGCAGGCCUGCAGCUGUGGCUCUUUAUCUGAGUCAUGGAGCACUGGCCAUGAUCGGCUGGAGAGGAAAGACCCUCGGUCCACAGGCAGAGAAACUGCUGCUAUUGAUAUCUGAAGUGCUUUUGUCUCUGGAUACAAGAGUAAAGGAGUCAAGCACGGCGAUGGUCGUGGCUCGAGUUCUGACUCUUUGGAGCAGUGCCGCGGUCGACUGCGUCCAGACGGUCACGUGUCCCCCACUUCUUCGCCUCUCUCUCGUCGGAGGCUCUCCUUUAACCACACGUCUCCACCACCACGUCUACUCCCACUGGGAGCACCCGCUGGACGGUGUCCGUCACCAGACCCGCUCCCUCUUCCAGAACCUGCUCCUGCUCCACCAGCACUGCAGCGAGCACAGAUCCCAACCCAGCAGCGACCCGUACAUCACUCAGCUCACCCGGGACCUUCUAGCGCUGGAGUGGCAUAUGAAAGGGAAGUACGGCACGCUGGCCUGCCUGGUGGAGCAUUUAGGGGCGGAGCAUCUUUUAAAUCUGGAUGCUGGUCUUCCAUCCAGGCUGCUGGGUUUGAUGGGAGAUCAGACGUUGUCGCCGUAUGCCAGCGAUCUGCUGGAGAAGCUGUUUGUGAGUCAUAAAGCACAGCUGUGUGCCCGGUGUAAGGAUGGGAGUGAGUGGAUAGAUGGCUGGCAUGAGGUUUGGGUCAUGCCACUGUUGCAGCUGCUGUGCACGGCCCGUCUGGAUCAAACCACGUAUAUACUGGACUAUUUCCUGCCUAAGCUGUUACGCUGCAAUCCCUCCAGUCUUAGUCACAUGGUACAGGCCUUGCGGGAGAUGCCGUCCUAUACAGACGGAGCUUCUGGUAGCAGAGGUGCGCUUGGAGCUCUGAUGACAUGUCUGCGUGCUGCCAGAGCCCAAGGUGUUCUCAAGGCUCUAGAGGAGGAAUUAUGGGAUGGCCUGGUGCCCCUUUCACUUAUGCGACAGGCGCUGGUGCACAAACACGAUCAGGUGCGAAUGGAUGCGCUCGGAUUGGUAUGCGAGAGCCAUCGCAGCACAGAAACUCUCUCCAGACAGGAAUUGGACCUCAUUCGCCACUUCCUGCCUUUUAAUCUGAAUAGCCAAUCACCAGGGGUUAGGCAGCAGACAGUCACUCUGUUAAAGAAGCUCUUGUGUCGGGCGAAGGACAGCGCUCAGCUGAUAAACAAGAGACUGGACCAACAUCCAAAUGACCAAGAUCAAGAAAUCCUUCAAAUAUAUCAGGAGUUCCUGUGCUGGUUCUGUAAGACCCUGUUUCAGGUGCUUCAUCCCGGGGCCUCAUUCUCCAGAUGUCUUAUGGCUCUUCACCUGUUGAGUCUGGUAGCUGAACAUUUCACCUUUAACACAGGCUCUGUUGGUUUUGCUCUUGGAGAUUCAGUGGGUGCGUCUGAUGCUCAAGCUGUGCUGCACUGUAUCGCCAGCAACUUCCUGGAAGUGAAGCAGCUCGCCUGCAACCUCUUGCAAAAACUGCCUCCUACAGUUGUGCAGCUUCAGAAGCCUGAGAUGUUGCAGUGUUUGGUUCGGGCCGCUCUGGACCUCAGCACCAGCACCAAACCCUUUGACAGUGUUACUGCGGCUCAUCUCUUUAACCUACUGCUCCACCAGCAGGACCUGCAGGACGCAUUACUCAUCUGUUUCCAGAAUCAAAACGUAUCUCUCCAGCCAUCAGCACUAAACCAGUCCCAGGCCUCUGUACUAGAGCAGAACAUGCUUGCAGUGGUGCAGUGUUUAAUGGGCUGUCUGAAGGAAGAGAUUGUGAAGGCAGAGUCAUCUCUUCUUCAGGCUGCUGCUUCAAGUCCUUUAUAUGGAAGAGCUCACUGUAUCACUGCAGUCUUACAACAGCUCAACACUCGAUCACUUGUGCUGCUGUCUCAGUGGAGGGCUGUGGUCUCCGAGCUCAUAUGUCUCUGCUACAGGAUGUCUGAUGUUGUAUCACCUGUGGUUCAGAGCUCCUCUCCUGAAGGACUUAUUCCCAUGGAUACAGAGUCGGAGACCUCUGCUGGCCUGCAGAAAAUCCUGCAGGAGAUUCAACCUCGUGACACUAAUGAUUUUUUCAGCAAUGCUAGAGAGCUGGAGUCCAGUGAGACAGAGCACAAACACUUUAAACCACAAACCAACAUCAAGGAUGAAGGUGAUGGAGAGGCCUAUCGGGUCACCGCUCAGAUGGUGUUGGUGUGUUGCUGGAGGACCAUGAAAGAGGUGUCCAUGUUACUGGGUCAUCUCUGUCAGAGCAUGCCACUGUGUUCCUCUCACACAUCUGCUGGAGUCAUCACACAAGAACAGGUGGAGGCUGUGGGGAUGUAUUUUCGGGAGCAGCUUCUGCAGUCUCGUCACAGGGGGGCCUUCGAGCUUGCUUACGUGGGCUUUGUUCGUCUCACCGAGAUGCUUUGCAGGAGUGGGAGUGCGACGCUUCAGCAGCUCCCAGCUCACUGGCUGAAGGAGGUCCUCGAGGAGGUGAAAUCCAGUGACCCCUCCUCUAAACUCUGUGCCACCCGCCGCAGUGCUGGAAUACCUUUCUACAUUCAGGCCCUGCUGUCCUCUGAGCCAAAGUCUUCCAGCUGUAGUCUUCUGAAGAUGACCAUGAGAUGUCUGACUGCAUUGGCCAUGCCCUCGGAUGAUGGAUCUACUGACAUCAGUACUGUGCCACAGGUCCACGCUCUGAACAUCCUGAGGGCUCUGUUUCGAGAUACUCGUCUGGGAGAGAACAUUGUGCCGUUCGUGGCAGAAGGCAUGCAGGCCGCUAUUCUGGGCUUCACCUCACCUGUGUGGGCUGUGAGGAACUCCUCAACUCUACUCUUCAGCACUCUCAUCACACGGAUAUUCGGAGUGAAAAAAGGAAAAGAUGAGCAUUCUAAAAAGAACAGAAUGACAGGCCGAGAGUUUUUCACUCGAUUCCCUGCGCUCUAUCCCUUCCUCCUCAGUCAACUACAGGAAGCCGCAGCAUCGGUAAACAGUGAUUCAGGGCAGGUGAAGCUGCACCCCAGUCUGUUCUUGCUAUUGUUGGUUUUGGGUCGUCUCUACCCGUCCCCUAUGGAUGGCUCGUCCUCCCCUCUGGGCCUAGCUCCCUUUAUGCCCUUAAUUAUUAGGUGCGGCCGCUCGGCUGUUUCCCGCACACGUGAAAUGGCUGCGAGAGCUGUGGUUCCAUUUGUUCUGGUGACCCAGGUCCCUUCCACCAUCAAGACUCUACUCGAGGAGCUGCCUCAAGAACCUGGACCAGGAAUCCAACAGAACCACAUCCACGGAACACUGUUGCAGGUGCUGUCUCUGAUUCGUUCCUACCUGACAGACACACACAGACCCCAGUCAGGAAACCCGCAGGACUUUGACAUCUCCCAUGUCCUCUUUCCAUGCCUUUGGCUCGCCACAAGAAGGAACCCAUGUCUGGUGACACGUGGUGCUUUUUUAGACCUGCUGGGCUGUCUUUGUGGCUGUCGUCCUGUUUCUAUAUCAGAUUCUCAGCUGAAGAAACUACGUGAAGAAACGCUGAACAUCAUAAUGGCCUCUGAACUUGUGGCCGCUGAAGGGUCCAUUGAGAUAAACCCAGCAGUUCCUGGAGUCACGCAGUACCUACAGAGUCUGGCACGUAUAGCUAUAAGCAUCUGUGUGGAAUCACCUCAUAUCUGGCAAUGUCUGGAGUCUGACAGGUUUCAGAAAGACCUCCUGAUCCAUCUUCUGCAGUGCCAACACUAUGAGGUUCGACUGUUUGCUCUGGAACAGCUCCUCAAGAGACAUCAGACGAUGAAGGAAGUGUCUCAAUGUGGUCGUGAGGGUUCCUUACACUUUGAGCUGUGCGCGUCUAACCUAACCUGUCUGGCCCUGCAUGAGACGCAUCCUGGAUGUCAAGCCAAGGUUUUGCAGAUUCUCGCUAUACUUCCUUUGUCUUCUGUCUUGCCCUGGAGAGAUGGUUUGAGUUCUCUCAGCUGUCAGGAGGCUUUAGAGCAUCUCCUCACACUGACUGAGACGUCCACACACAGUGUGGAGCUCUACUGUGCAUCUCUCUGUCUGACGUCUCUGCUGGUUGUGCACCUUGUUAAAUCAACAGCUCAGCAGGAGCUCAGCGGCGCUGCAGUAUCCUGCUUCAGUCGAUGGGGGGCGCUGGUCGUGCAGGGCUGUGGUGAGCUGCAACCUCUAGAGGUAAAACUGAUGUCGGCUGAGGUUCUGGUGAAGGCCGUCCACACCUUACUGACAGCACCAGCAUUACCUCUGGGUAUCACACACACGGUGGCGUUAUGGAAGAGUCUGUUUACGUUAUUACAGGAUGAAGAUCAGGACGUGAGGGACAGGGCUGCUGAAUUCACAUGCUACAUCCCGGCACACUUACACAACACGGCUGUUGCCACAGGUGCUGUCUGUCCUCCUGUUGCCCUGGAGACGGGGGUGGCUCUUUUGUGCCAGCUGUUCCAGAUGUGGGACCAGGUUGCUGCUGGCAUUGUAAACUUGACAGAAUGGCAACUAGGGGAUGAAAAACUGGAUACAAGUUGCGUGGAGUCGCCAGACCUGGAUGAAGAGUUUCUCUUUGAGAAAGGAGAUCUUAACCUGUGGGCGGAGCCUAUGUUAUGGGCACGGAUGUUGCAUGGGCACCUUUGUGCCCUUCUAAGUGUGCCACACUCACCUGGCGUGAGUCCCGAGGACCUGGAGCGAUUAUCAGCCAUUGUAAAAAGCAAUGCCCUGACUGCUGAACAAGCGAUGAAAAACCUCCCUGCGUUCCCUCAGUUUUCAGCCACCAUCGAUUAUGGCAAAAUAAUGCUGCUGAAAGAGAGAAGCUCACUUGCUCAAUGUGUUCUUGAUACUCUAAGGCAAGCGGAAAAGUCUUAGAUGGUUUGUAGGAAUUUAAGAAUAAAAUCAUGCAGUUUUAAUUUCGCAAGACUUUUUUACACAAAAUAAAGUGUUUUUAAUAAAUUUCCCUCAUUUUGGACUUUCUUGUGUCUGUGUGUGCUUUGGGUUUGUGAGUUUUGUUUUUUAACUGUUCGAUGUCAC